GGCAAGGAGCAAUAGGAACAGGAAGUCUUCAUGGAAUUAGUUUUCGCUACAACAAAUAACCAAUUGGUGUCACGACCCCAGGAAUUUUAGCUUCAAAGGGCCUCGGCAAGUUCCGGCAUGUUCGAGUCAAUUCAACACGUAUCUUUCGCAAUACACACAAUCUUCACAUUAAUUCUCCAAACCACAAUCACAAAAUCAUGGAUCCAUUUUCAGCAGAGGGUGAGCUCCUCAACCUGCACAACUAUUUUUACCAAGGUCAAUACCAAGAAGCCGUUGAUUUCGAUACCAGUGCCCUUUCACCGGAGAAUGCACUUCCAGCGCGCGUUAUUUCACUAAGAGCUCAAGUUGCACUUGGACAAGCUGAGGAUGUUCUCGCAGAUGUACAAGGGGAAGAUGAUGCGGAGCUGAAGGCUGUAGGAGCUUUGGCUGUAUAUGCAUCCGGGGAUGAAGAGAAAGCUGUCAAGAUGAUAUCUAAGCUAGCGGAGGACUCGAGCGACAAUGCGACGGUGCAGGUUUUGGGCGGCACAGUGCUACAAGCUGCAGGAAAGAGUGAGGAAGCUUUACAAUUGUUGGCAUUGCACCAGGGUAACCGUAAGCUAUCUAUCCUUGGAUCAUUUUAUAGCAUCGGACGAAAACUAACCAUGGGAAUAGUUGAGGCUGUGGCUCUCAUUGUUCAAAUCCAGUUGGAACAAAACCGUACCAAUUUAGCUAUCAAGGAGGUUCAACAAGCUAGGAGAUGGGCUCAAGAUAGUCUGCUAGUUAAUUUGGCUGAGUCUUGGGUGGGACUUCGAGUUGUAGGUUCUGUCGAGUCCCAUCUACAAAUAUCAUUUGACUAAUAUUAUCCAGGGCGGUGAGAAAUACCAACAAGCGUUUUAUGUUUUCGAAGAACUCGCACAAGCUCCAUCAACAUCGUCGACUCGAAGUCUUGUCGCACAAGCUAUCGCGGAAAUACAUCUAGGAAGAUUGGAGGAAGCUGAAGCAGCGUUAGAACAAGCUUUCAGCAAGGACCCAGAAAAUGCCGAAGUUCUCACGAACAAGGUCGUUCUGAACACUAUCUCAGGAAAGGAUUCCAAUGAUUUGUUUAGGUAUGUUUGUUUUCCUCGCAAGUGCCGUUCUUAUUUCAAUGAAUUGGUGGAAUGCGAAAGUUCGAAGUGUCCUUGAACUUUUAGAAGUACUAUUUUAGAGAAUGGUUGGAGUAGUGAUUUCAACAUUCAGCAAAUACUUGUUCAACAUGGCAAUCUCACUUUUUCUAACAAACCAUCAUCUAGUUCGUUAAAAAGUACCUCACCAGAACAUACAUUCCUCAAAGAUUUGGAGGAAAAGAGUUCACUGUUCGAUAAAGCAGCUACAAAGUACUCUGCAAAGGUCGCAGCCGUAUAAUAAAUAUCCUUUAACAGAAACGAAAAUCUUUUAGGGCGUUGGGGAAAUUUAUAUGGUUGUUUAGCGAGGGAUUAGGAGAAGAGUCUCUUGUUUAUUGAGUGUUGAGAAAUUAAUGCGAGAGAGCAUAUCAACUCGAUAUGAUCGAGUGCAUUUGAUGGAUAUACUAUUCUUUCCAAUGAGACUAGCAGUUUCAGAAAGACAAAUUAAAAUGGUACACGGAGAAAAUAGAGAAAUGAAGAACAUUAAAAUACCAUUGAAAU